UAUCAACCAUAAAAUAAUACCCGCUGAUCAAUUUUGACGUUUUUGGGUGAAUUUUUGACAGUAACAGGAAUCCGCUGAUUCGAUUUCACAAUGGGUAACGAAAGCUCUUUGCCUAUGGAACUGUGUUCUAAUUUUGAUGUUGAUGAAAUUAGAAGAUUGGGAAAACGAUUUCGCAAAUUAGAUCUGGAUAAUAGCGGUGCUUUAAGUAUCGAUGAGUUUAUGUCAUUACCAGAGUUACAACAAAAUCCUUUAGUUCAACGUGUAAUAGAUAUAUUUGAUGCCGAUGGUAAUGGAGAAGUUGAUUUUAAGGAAUUUAUCCACGGUGUUUCUCAGUUCAGUGUCAAGGGUGACAAAGAAAGCAAAUUAAGAUUUGCCUUUAGAAUUUAUGAUAUGGAUAACGACGGUUUCAUAAGUAACGGGGAAUUGUUUCAAGUAUUAAAAAUGAUGGUAGGCAAUAAUUUGAAAGAUACACAACUUCAACAAAUUGUUGAUAAAACAAUAUUGUUUGCUGAUAAAGACGAAGAUGGUAAAAUUAGUUUUGAGGAAUUCUGUUCUGUUGUUGGUAAUACAGAUAUUCAUAAGAAGAUGGUGGUUGAUGUCUAAAUAAUCAAAACUUGUGACAAAUAUUAAAUAUUAAAAUAUGGUAAUGUGUUUGAUUUUAUAAAUUUAUUAAUAACAGCAAAAUCAUUGGAUAGUUGUAAGUAACAAAAUCUUGUAGCGUCAAAUUAUGAUUGUUACUAAGCCUUUAAUCAAGCCAAUUUGUAUAUCAGUUUGACGCCUUUCAAAUGUUUUCCAUAGUACAAUGUAUAUUAGAAUUUAUUGACCACCAACUUUCUACAAUUGUGCACAUUCUCUAAACAUUACAUACAUGCGCGCGCGCAUAAAACUUUCAACACUAUAAAUGAACAUUGUUACAUUACAUACACGUACACAUACACCUACAUAUUUAUUUUAGUCGAUGAUGUUAUGUUUGUGUAAUAAUUCUGUUAUUAUUUUAUUCAAUUAAUGUGCAAAACAUUGUAAAGUUACUUUAGGAAAACUUAAGAAAUACAGUUAUAAAUACAUAAAUCGUUAAACAUACCGUUUCUUGUAUCAGUAUCUUAUUAAAAUACGUUUGGAUUGUUAUUUUACAACUGUGUUUCUGUAGUUUUUCAAUUAAAUGCUAUUAGAUCUAGACAAACGAGAACAUCUCGUUCAAGUGAUAAUAUCAAAUUUAAUAUGUUGUUGGAGCGUAACUGGUGAAUCUCAAAAAUAUUUCUGAUCAUUUUCGAAAUGAAUUUGUAUCACAUGUAUUGUGUUCAAUUACUACCAAUUGUGCAUUUGAAAAAAAUACAUCAUUUUCUUUAUUAUGAUUGAAUUAAUAUGUAUGGAGUUUUUCAUAUAUAUAUAUAUAUAUAUACAUAUAAAUAAAAGAUGAUCAAUCUUUUCACAUAAAUCUGUCUUUCUUACAGCUGUGAACAAGACUGAAACAGAAAUGGAAUUUUCAAAUGCACUGUUACUUUUAAAUAAUUAUAUUUGUUAAUUGUGUUAUUUCUAAAAGCAUAAUAUACCACAAAAUAUAACAAGUUCUUAUUUA